AUGGCGCGCGGGAAGGCCGAUCGAGCUUUAACAGUCGGCAAAAAACUUGAAAUAAUCGACGAAGUAGACCGCACGGGACUUCUGACCGCCACAGCACAAAAAUAUGGCGUUAAAAGUGGUCAAAUUCGCGACUGGAAGAAAAACAUUGAUCGUCUACGCGCUACAGACCCGUCUCGCCUUGUGUGCGCAAGCACCAUCCAACGGGGUCACUUAGUAUUUAACGAGUCGUACGCACAGUACUGGGUGGGGUACAACAAAUUUUGCAGCAACAAUACCAAUUAUGACGUCCUCAAGAACGCGUUGCGAGUCACGCACAAGGAUGUGUUGUGUGAAGGCAUCAGUGGAUUUAACUUCCCUGCAACAGUAGAUCCGGGUACCACGCAUACUUUGUUAAGCCCCAACAACAAUAAUUUUUAUACGACUGAGGAUGUAAGAAAUCUGUACAUUAAGGAUAUGACGACAUUGCGAGAACAGCUGUGCGAGUUUUUCGGCCAGAAGCCAUUUCUUACCAAGUACAUGUACUUUGUCACAAAAUUGGACUUCAUUAAGCCUGAAUUAAAUGUAGAUAACGACAAAAAAGAGGCUCCCAAGUCGAUUGAAAUUCAAGACGUCAUCUCUUUUUAUGUCGCGAUAUGUGGUAACGGGUCCGUUAUGGUUCCAAUGUCAGUUUUUCCGCCGGUGGAAGAGUUUCACUGGGAACGCAAGAAAAGUGUCAAAUUGCGUCAUGCUCACAGCCUACAUCGGUCAAAGUUGAACGAUCCGAGCGAUGCUGUACAGUUCUUCUCGGUGACGUGGAAGAAAUUUUACGAGGAAGAAGCCAAAUACAGUGACAAAUACACAUUUCUGCUCGACUACUCGAUUGAGGAAUUCCGAGCGCCAGAUUUUUUGAAUGGAUUAAAGCAACUUGAGGGUUACACCAAAUACUGGACGACGAUGUAUACUGUUCGCAACCCGCUACGCCUCUCUCGUUUUGAAGAUACGCUGAUGACAUUCGUUUCCGAAGAGUGGCGCACAAUUCUUCAAAUGAAAAAGUCAAGCCAACCCAAUGAUUACCGCAAGUGUGUUGCUUUUUGGUUCUACUCUGCCUGGGAGUUUUUUGCAGGAGAUAAUGCUCGGGCAGCUUUCAGAAGUUGCAACAUGUAUCUUGAAGACAAGUCAACGUGGGGGGGCGAGGAGAACGAAGAGAUCUAA